GGAACUUUCAUUUGAGGAAUAUAUCUUACAGAGUAGUGUGCACUCCCAACAACAGCACAACAAUGACUUCAAUUUCUAGGAAAUGCAUACUUUGUAUGCAAUUGCUGAUUCUAUUUUCCCUCUCAAGAAAUGCAGUCUCUAACUGGAUUGUCAAGACUCUACCAGGCUUUUCUGGGGAUUUACCAUUCACACUUGAAACUGGGUAUGUGAGUGUUGGUGAAAUCGAGUUCUUCUACUAUUUUGUGGAGUCGUCAUCAGGGUAUUCACCAACAGACCCUCUUAUACUCUAUCUCAAUGGAGGUCCUGGUUGUUCUGGCUUGAAUGGCCUUCUCUUCCAAGUUGGACCAUUGGAAUUCAACCUUACAUACACUGGGGGCAUACCAGAAUUGUUAUACACCCCAUAUUCAUGGACCAAGAGUGCCAAUAUUAUAUUUAUAGACGCGCCAAUUGGCACUGGUUUCUCCUACGCAACAAAUGCUGAAGCUUAUGCUUCUUCAGACACAUUAACAUCAGCAGAUAUGGUCAAUUUUAUGAGAAAUUGGUUAAAUGAGCACCCAAAAUUCGGGGGAAAUCCAUUUUUUAUUAAUAGCGAUUCGUAUGCAGGCAUACUUGUUCCCUUGAUUGCUCAAGCAAUAAUAAAUGAGAAUGAAGCUGGAGUUGAGCCUCGAAUUAAUAUCAGAGGAUACAUUCUUAGCUGUGCACACACAGCUACUGAUGUUGAAACAGAUUCGAAGAUCGUGUAUGCUCAUCGGAUGGCACUUAUAUCUGAUGCACUCUAUGAGACAGCCAAAACGAGCUGCAAUGGGAGUUACGCUGAUGUAGAUUCUUCAAACGCAGCGUGUCUUGAGGCAAUUGAAGCUAUCGAACUGUGCAUUCAAGAUAUAAGUCCUCAGAAUAUUUUGUCACCCGAGUGUGCUUUCCUAUCUCCGAAUGCAAACGAAGAAAAGGAUCGAAGAUCUCUCGUAGAGAAUUCAAGAAAUUCCCUCCUUUCUUCAUUCAAGUCUCCUGAUCUUGAAUGCCAUAAUUUUGAGUAUCUGCUUUCUGACAUAUGGGCAAAUUUUAAAUCUGUCCAAGAGGCUCUUCAUGUUAGACCAAACACAACGAAAGAAUGGUUUCGGUGCAAUGUCAGCUUAUCGUACUCGGUGGAUGUCAAUGAUGUUGUUCCCUAUCAUCUAAAUCUCACAAACACUGGCUUGCAAAUUCUGGCUUUUAGUGGUGAUCAUGAUAUGGUUAUUCCACAUGUAGCCAUUGAAGGGUGGGUGAAGUCUCUGGAUUUGACUAUUGACAGCGAUUGGCGACCGUGGUUUGUUCAAGGUCAAGUAGCAGGAUACACAAGGAAGUACACUAAUGAUGGAUAUCGCUUCACAUACGCGACUAUAAAGGGAGCUGGUCAUUCGCCACAUGAAUGGAACCGCAAAGUAUGCUAUGACAUGUUUCAUAGGUGGAGCAAUUACUUCCCUCUUUAGUUUUAAGUCAUUUUUGGACAGAAUCAACCUAUCCAUUGCAAACAAAUUUGCACCAUUUUGACUAUUUUCGGACGUUUGAGUCGAUCAUUGUACUAGGUAGCUGUGGUAUGGCACUCAAAUCAUGUAAUCUGUAAUUGUUGAAGAACUUCAAUAAGCAAUUUUCUCUUCAAUUU